AUGAGCCACUCUCGUGGGAAGAGUCACGUCUCCCACGCGAAGCAUGAUGGGAAUCUACAACGUGAAAUUGCAGAUUUGAAGAGGGAGUUGCGCCAUGCACGGCGGGAGCGCUCCCCACCUUGCUCCGAAUCAUCAUCUGAGGAGUCGAAUGGAGCUAGUUAUAGGCGGAGAUCGAGAACUCCGCCAAGCGAAACUUUCUCCAAUGAAGAGGAGCACCACCGUCGACGUAAGCGUAGGAGUACUCCUAGCAGGGGCUUGGGAAACGAUUCCAUGAACAAAACCUUGAGUCAAAUUUCCAAGUCGCCCUUUACGAGAAACAUAGACGAUGCGAUUCAUCCUCGGCGAUUCCAUCAGCCUACGUUCUCUCUGUAUGAUGGCCAUUCAGAUCCGGUGGAACAUGUAAGCUAUUUCAGCCAGAAGAUGGCUAUCUACUCCAGGGACGAGGCUUUGAUGUGCAAAGUUUUUCCAUCAAGUUUGGGUCCGACGGCGAUGAGGUGGUUCAACGGCCUAAGGGCCAAUUCUGUUGGAUCUUUCAAAACACUGACUCGGGUUUUUGGUGCUCGCUUUAUUAUGUGCAGCAGGACUCCCCGGCCUUUGGGAUCUCUGCUGACUUUGUCUAUGCGAGAGGGCGAGACUUUCAAGAAUUAUUCGGAUAGGUACUGGGAAAUGUUUAAUGAGAUAAAGGGAAAGAACGAUGCUGUGGCUAUAACCACUUUCAAAACUGGUCUCCCAACUGAUCACGAUUUGAGGAAAUCCCUGACGGGUAAACCUGUCACCAGUAUGCGCCAACUGAUGGACAAAAUAGAUAAGUACAGAAGGGUAGAGGAAGAUCAACUUCAGGGAAAAGGAAAGGCCAAGAUAAUCCCCCAGGAGAUGAGGGAUUUCAGGUCGGACUGUUAUAAUAACAGCCGACCACGGAGGGAUUUUGUUGGGCAGUCAGGUUCGGCGGACGCCCAGGUUGUUAAUGCAAUAUUUCGAGAGCCAGUGCAGCAGUUGGUCCGUGAAAGGAAAUUAAAACAACUCUUGCAUCACUCCAGUGGAAGGGCGAGCCAAGCAGGUUCAGAGGUGCGCAGGGACGCUUCAUCAAGACUCCCCCUGGGUACGAUUAACGUUAUCUUUGCGGCCCUGGGAAGGACUGGAUCAUGCCCCUCCAGAGUAUUGUCGGUGUCCCGAUCCCCGGCCGAGGAUUAUUCCCAAGCAUUGAAGAGGGCCAAGGUGCGUGUCCCCCUGAUUCUAGGCUUUUCGGAUGAGGAUAUGGUUGGGAUCAUACAACCCCAUGAGGAUACUUUGGUGGUAACGUUGAGGAUUGGCGAGUACGAUGUCAGAAGAGUGAUGGUUGAUCAGGGUAGCGCUGUGGAUGUAAUGUAUCCAGACUUGUACAAGGGGCUAGGUUUGAAGCCAGAGGACUUAACAACCUACAACUCUCCUUUAGUAAGUUUUGAGGGAAUGAUGGUCACUCCCAAAGGACUGAUCAGGCUGCCUGUGCAAGCAGGUACGGAUGUGGUGGAGGUGGACUUUAUUGUCGUAGAUGUUUUUUCUCCGUACACGGCUAUUAUGGGCAGGCCUUGGCUUCACACUCUUAAAGCGGUCUCGUCUACUCUGCAUCAAAAGGUGAAGUACCCAUCCGGAGACCAAGUGUUGGAAAUAGUAGGGAGUCAGGCGGCUGCUCGGCAGUGCCUAGUAGCGGCUAUACAGCAUCGGCUAGAGGCAGAAACCUCGGCUACGGCCGACAACGAGUUAUAG